AUGAGUAAGGACAUGGAAGCUGCUAUCAGCAUGCAGUUCGACCUCUACGGGCGCAUCGCUCGCUCGUACGGGAACUUGAAAAAGGUAGACUCUGCUCACUAUACGAUCGGCUUAGUGGAAGCGCGUCUACAAGCCCUCGAAUCCAACUGGGAAAAAUUCGACAUCCAACACGACAAGCUCCUCGCCGCAUACAGGGACGCCCUAGCAGGACAUGACUACCUAAAGAAGGACAUGCAGUCUCUUACGGAGGAAGCUUACAUCGCACAGAAGAGUAUGUUCCUUGACAUACUCCGCUCCCUGAAGAAUAAGGUCAGCGCGGAAGCGCCUGCCGUCGGCGCGAAUCCCUUGCAGACAUCACGCACGACUUUGCCGCGGAUCCAGCUGCCACAAUUCUCGGGUCGGUACGAAGAGUGGCCUUCCUUCCGGGAUCACUUCAACUCACUCAUCGUGAAAGAUGCCUCCACAGCUCAAGUCGAGAAGCUUCACUACUUGAAGACGUGCUUGAAAGGUGAGGCGAAACUAUUAAUCCGCAGUUUGCCGACGACAGCCGAAAAUUUCAAUCGCGCGUGGAAAAUCCUGACAGGAUAUUACGAGAAUAAACGUCUUCUAGUUCGUUCUUACAUUUCGCGAUUUUCGGCUCUUCAGAAACUCAAAAGUGAAUCCGCUACCGAAUUGCGAAAAUUAUAUCACGGCGUAAUGAGCACCGUCAGCGCUCUCGAAAGCAUCGGACGGCCGAUAACGCGCUGCGCCCUGCGAAAUCAAGUCUAA